UUACGCUUGUAUCAACUUGGCCAAUUAAAUGUUUGUGGUGAUGUUUCACACCAAACAAUCGGCAUAAUUUCAGACUAACGAUAAUUGACUUAGCUAGUAUUGAUGGAAAUAGAUCGUUUGCGUAACAAGACAGCUAGCAAGCUACAAAAUCAAAGUAUACAACAUUUGGUCAGCUGACAUGCACCCUCUUCCAAACCAUGUGACCAAACGACCUUUGUACCGGUAGUGGUCUUCAAAAAGCUAGCAUUAGCAGUUCACUUGUAUUUUUACAGAGAUCGCCUUUUCCUCUCACGUCAAGUACAAUAUCGACGUGCAUAGUAGGAAAAAAUACUGCUCUGCCAAGAGAUGCCCCUCUAGCGAACUCCUUUGAUGUAACACUACCGAGGCAGGAAUCACCGCUUUACAGCCUCCACUCCUCCACUCUUCUGGGAAGGAUUUCCACUAGAUGUUGGAACACUGCUGUGGGGACUUCCAUUCUACUACUCGGGAUUGGCUCUGAAGGAGGAAUCCGAGACUAAGACAGCAGGAGGAUCCACCCAGCGCCAGCGGACCAACCAUGACCUCCACCACUGACAAUCGUCAAGACGGCCCAGGUCCAGUUCUCUCCAGGAUAUCAGCGAGCACCUCUGAGGAGGAUGUUCUCUGUCCUACUCCACCUCUCCCCCCAGGACCUGAUUCUCAGUAUGAGCGAAUCGGAGGCCAAACAGGGGCUUCGUUUUUACAGACCCUGAUCCACCUCCUGAAGGGGAACAUCGGUACGGGGCUGCUAGGUCUACCUCUGGCUGUCAGGAACGCAGGCCUUGUGUUAGGACCUCUGAGUCUGUUUGCCAUGGGGAUAAUAGCAGUCCACUGUAUGAACCUGCUUGUAAUCUGUUCCCACCACCUCAGUGUAAAGUUGAACAAGCCCUUUCUGGACUAUGGCGAUGCUGUGCAGUAUGGUAUGGAGAAUGUCUCGUGGCUGAGAAGGCACUCGAUAUGGGGGAGGCGGAUAGUGAACGUGUUUUUGAUCAUCACCCAGCUGGGUUUCUGCUGUGUCUACUUCGUCUUCCUCAGUGACAAUAUCAAACAGGUGGUGGAAGCUUCUAACGGGACAACCAUGAACUGCCACAACAACCAGACGGCUGUGACCGUCCCCAGCUUUGACUCCCGUCUCUACAUGUUGUGUUUCCUGCCAGCUGUUAUACUCCUGGUGUUCACCCGCAACCUGAAGUACCUGGCCCCCCUCUCUCUGGUAGCCAACCUGGCCAUGUGUACUAGCCUGGUCCUCAUCUACUUCUUCUGCUUCACGAACAUACCAAAUCGUAUCAGCCUGCCGAAGGUGGGUCAUGCCAAAGACUAUCCUCUCUUCUUUGGAACGGCCAUCUUUGCUUUCGAGGGGAUAGGAGUGGUCCUGCCCCUGGAGAACAAGAUGCAGAAGCCUCAGAGUUUCAAUAUGGUUCUAUAUCUGGGAAUGGGCAUCGUUACCUUCCUCUAUAUCAGCUUGGGGACCAUAGGGUACAUCACCUUUGGAGAGGCCAUAGGGGGAAGUAUCACCCUUAACUUACCCAACUGCUGGAUGUAUCAGAUUGUAAAGCUGCUCUACUGUUUCGGUAUCUACAUCACCUUUGCCCUUCAGUUCUACGUGCCAGCUGAGAUCCUGAUUCCUCCGGUGGUGUCCCGUGUCUCCGAGAGAUGGAAACUGCCGGUAGAUCUUCUGAUCCGCGCUGCGCUCGUUGUUUUGACCUGUGUCCUGGCCAUAUUGAUCCCCCAGCUGGACCUGGUCAUCUCUUUAGUGGGGUCCAUCAGCAGCAGUUUCCUGGCUCUCAUCUUCCCUCCACUCCUCCAGAUCCUCACCUACCACAACGAAGGUCUGUCUCCCUGGGUCAUCGUCAAGAACACCCUCAUCUCUGUCAUCGGCUUCAUCGGCUUCAUCACCGGCACCUAUAUAUCCAUCACAGAGAUCAUCAAACGCAACGGCAGACAUGACAAUCUGGAUGUGACCUUCUUCCAGGUCCAGUGAGAGAUCUAGUGAGGAAGAGGAGGAUAUCUUGACAGUGGUUGGUCUGGCAAACAGUGGAGGCUGGUGGGUGGAGAAAUCUGAGGACAGGUUCGUUCUAGAAUGGAUGCUACCUUCCUCCGAUUUAAGGUGACACCAGCCUCCACUGCUGUCAAACAAUCAAACCCAGAAGUCCUCACCCUGGCAUCAGCCAUGUUUUGUUUUUCUCACUUGCUCCAUUGUCCAUUGAUUACACAUUUAUUGAUAUUGUGAGUCUGCUUACUGUUGUGGUUAUUGGUCGCUGUGGAACAAUUAUUUCAUGGAAUAUAAAAGUGUUAAAUCAA